GUUUUGCAUUCAGCAUUACGGACGAUUUCAUGUGGAUACGUUACGACUGUGCGGACGAGAUUGGAGUUGGCACUCUCUGUCAAUACGAAUGUGUGAAUUGUUACAUUGAUUGCGGAGAAACCAGUGUCUUCACCGCACCUACCGGCGCUUACGAAACCUUCGAAUUUGACGAAUCCUGGGGCCUUGAUGCGGAAAUCCUUUGCCACUGGACGAUACACCUGCCACAGGGAAAGUUUAUCGAGUUGACAUUCACGAGUUUUGACAUUGCAAAGGAGCUCGACGGAGAUAGGUGUUGGGACAUUGUGGCGGUGGUGCCCGGCGGAGCACCGAGUUGGUUCAACCCGCUACUGGAUGAGGUCGCCCUGGCCAGGGGUUCUGUGGUUACAAGCCGCCUGGUGUGACCCUUACCAGUGUGUCCACUCUCAGCAUAGUGCUGGCCACGGGAUAUUGGGAUAUUUCGUACGGGUUGCAGUUCGAAUACGUCACCAAAGAUAUUCCCGGAUGCUCCGUUGGCGCUGCAAUUAUCGAGCAUAACUUAGCCACGUGUGAUGCCGUCGAGUACCCACGGGCGAAGUUCGCCAGCCUGGACUUCCCAAACCUUACCCCGGCCGGUCUCUACCACUGGACCAUCCAAAGCGAGCCCUUCACAUUCACUAGGGUCAGAGUCAUCGAAUUUAACCUCCCUGAUCCAUUAGCCGUCUGCAAUCUGCAGUACCUCCGCACUAACUUUGACAACCAGAAGUAUUGCAACGCCAAUCCCCCACCUGCCGUGAUAGAAUCCUACAGCAACGUACUGAGCAUCGAUCUCUUGAUGCUUGACAUUGGGCGUGGUAAUGGUUUCCUGGCUGAGUACGAGGUUGUACGUUACGCACCGACGUCGAACUUUUCCGUCAGUUCGAUCCCUGUGGACGAGGAUAAUUGGUACCAGUACAACGAUUUUCUGUACAAGUUUUUCGAGGAGAAUGCCGCCUUGAAUUGGCUGGAAGCAGAGGGUUUGUGCAGUGAACGCAGCAGCCAUCUUGUAAGUAUACAUAACCAGCAGGAAGCUGAAUUUCUCCACACCAUGCAGCAAAUUGUGUGGAGGGUGAAUCGCCCUGCUACUCACAUUGGACUGACGGCAAAAUCCACGACGGGUAUUUUCCGCUGGUCUGAUGGCAGUCCUAUGGUUUACACCGAUUGGAUGCAACUUCCUGAGCGUCAACCUGACGGAGAUUUAGUGGAAUCCUGCACCAUGAUUGACAUGACAAACUACAGGACUACCGCCCUCUGGCAUGACAUCCCCUGUGCCCAAACUAGAGAGAGUACCUCCCAGUAUAUCUGUAAGAAACCAUCUCCGGAUGCUGCACCACGUGAGAGAAUAAAACAGACUGCAUCUAAAGAUACCGUUAUGGAAUGUUCGAAUAACUUCAACUUGAUACAGUGUGGAAACCAAGAAUGCACGCACAAACUCUUUGGAUGCACUAACGAAACAGAACGAGGCGGCAGUAGCAUUCCAAGCACUUGGCAAAAGGUCACGGCACUGGAUCCAGGUCAAGACGCAUGCCCAUCUUCGUUUUUCCAGUGUGGAACGGGCGAUUGUAUUCCUAUCUCGUUUGUUUGCGAUUUCGUACCACAUUGUAUUGACAGCACAGAUGAGAAAAGAUGCGAUUAUCGGAACUGUACCGACGGUGAAUUUCGCUGUGACAAUGGCCAGUGUGUUGAGGCUUGGCGUCAUUGCGAUCUUACAGUCGACUGCAUUGAUGGAACAGAUGAGUCUAAUUGUGAUGAAAGUGCAAGUGGCUUCCGGUGUUUUGAUGGGAGGUUUAUCCCUCUCGGCGCAGUGUGUGACCGUGCCUAUGACUGCCAAGGAGGGCUACAUGAAGACGAGGAUGGAUGCCCGACCUGGGGAGACACCUGCGAAACGAAUGAAAUUCAGUGCAAAAGCGGACUGUGUGUUUCUGAACAACAUCGCUGUAUUUAUGACAUCGAUAAGUAUGGAUACGUGACCGGCUGUCCUGACGUCACACAUCUUGGGGACUGCGGUUCGUUUGCGUGUCCAGAGAUGUACUUCCACUGUCCUGAAGCCCACUGCAUACCGCCACGGUUCCGAUGCGACCAGAAGACGGACUGUCCGCACGGUGAAGACGAAAUAGACUGCGAUGACUACACGUGUCCUGGUGCAUAUCGCUGCCACGUUGCCAGUUACUGCCUACAUCUCUCCAAGGUUUGUGACUCGGUUAACGACUGCCCUGAUGGGGAUGAUGAGCUGUUCUGCGGUCUGCCGUGCCCAGCAGGAUGUGAGUGUACGGGUCUGGAAUAUGCCUGCGACAUCAGGGGCUAUCAACUAGACUCCAGCGCUGAAAUACCAUCCAUAGCACGAAGCAUAAAACUUGAAGGGCAGCCAAUCCGAGACGUUGAGGGCAUCUUACGCAGGGGACGCAGGACCACACUCGGAAUGAACGCCGAGCUAGACGAAUGGUUUCCGAUUAACAUGAGUCGAUAUCACAUGCUGGCAAAACUAGAAAUAAUCUCAGUCGGCAUUGAUAGCCUACCACGGAGGAUUUUCGACCAGACUCCAAACCUAAUUUACAUCGAUCUUUCCGAUAAUAACAUUGCGACGUUGCAAAGGGGAUCUUUCCAAGGACUUGACUCACUACGACACUUACGCUUGUUGUUCAACCCGUUAACUCUCAUAGAGGACGGAGCUUUCAUGGGCUUGGCCAACCUAGAAAUACUGAAUAUCUACGCCACAGAACCGGAGGAGUUUUCGAAUGAAAUUUUAAUAGAUCUGUCGGGACUACAAACGCUGUAUGCCGGUAAGUACCUGUUCUGCUGCAUUGCCGUGGAUACCUUAGGGGAGUGUUUGGCACCUCGGGAUCAAUUCUCCUCCUGCAAAGACCUGAUGAAAAACCCCGUCUUACGAGUCUCCAUUUGGAUCCUCGGCAUCAGUGCUUUCCUUGGUAACUUCCUAGUUGUUGUCUUCCGAUCCAUGGCUCUGUACAAAGGCCGGGAUGGUUCACCCAUCCAGACUUUCUUCAUCGCCAAUUUGGCCGUGUCUGAUUUCCUGAUGGGAGCUUACAUGAUCAUCAUCGGUAGCGCCGAUCUCUACUAUCGCGAAGUCUACGCCCUACGCGAGGAAGCCUGGAAGGCAAGUUUCACCUGUAAGUUUGGCGGUUUCCUAUCCGUGGUCUCAAGUCAAGCCUCGGUGCUGAUGGUCACUCUACUUAGCUUGGAUCGCUGUGCGCAUAUUGUCUUCCCCUUCAAGAAAGCAUUACAUCUGCGUCCGAGAUCCUCUCGAAUUGCCGUUGGUUUGCUCUGGGUGGUAGCCGUGCUCAUCGCGGCGCUACCACUCUUGAUAACACCCUACUUCAACGACAACUUCUACGGUCACUCCAGUGUCUGCCUCGCCCUACCUCUGACGGUGGAGCUUCAGCCCGGCUAUGAGUACAUGUUCUUCAUCCUUGGCGUCAACUUUGUUUGUUUCCUCCUCAUCUUGUUCACCUACCUGGCCAUCUUUGUCACCGUGAAGCGAUCGUCCUCCAAGGUGAAGAGCUCCAAGGCAGCUGCAGAUGUCAAACUCGCCGGGAAGAUGGCCUUGAUUAUCGGGACAGACUUCGCCUGCUGGAUGCCCAUCAUCAUCAUGGCUGUGCUUGCUUCGGCCGGAGGCGUCAGUAUUCCACCUGAAAUCUACGCCUGGACUGCCGUAUUCAUUCUACCUCUCAAUUCCUCCAUCAAUCCAUACCUGUACACAAUUUCAACCUACUCUUCUAGUAAAAAGACCAAAGGACCAGCGACUUCUAAUUCAACGGGAGUGGCAUCCGUAUCGUCAGCUGUCUCACCCAUUACCAAAGUCCAAAUGGAUCCUGAAUAUCUCGACCAGAGAAACAAUUCCAUCAUUGCUCUGCCAUCGCUACCUCUGCGUCCAACCUCCAACAACAACAACCUUCCACUCCAAGACCAUGACAAGGACCAAAACACCGACAACAAAACAUCGGGGACUUCAUCUGAUCCCGCCACUCAACCUCAAGAAGAGAACUUCUACGUUGAAAUGCAGGACCUGGUCGAGUGUGAACGCAACAAGUUGACCGCUGGUGAUAUAAGUGUGAUCGGUGCAGACUUGAAGAAGGCCCUCUCUUGGCUGCAUUCGAGGAACGUUACUGGAGUUGACAUGAGAGAGGAGUUGAUCGUUUUGGAAAAGAAGACAGGUGGUCGAAACAAGGCCUAUCUUCUAGUUCCCGAAGCCAAAUUGAGAAACAAGGGAGAGAAAGCUACAGAUGAUGAAAAGGAUAAGGAUAAGAGGAAGCUGGAAGUGCUCCUGAACAAACUAACAGCAAGUACCUUGGCAUGACAGGAAUCAUGGAUCACCCCACCCACACCGAGCAAAGGCGAUCAUACGAUGAAAGAUGGAAUGAUUUUUUUUGAUAAAAGUGCACUUUCUUCUCAAUUUGCCUUCAAGGUUUAUUGGAUGAUGUUUUAAUUCCGUUAUUGUAAUACUAUAGAAUUGGUACUUUUCUUGAUAGAUAAAGCAAAUGACUUUUGAUUAGGUCUACGAUUACAUUAAAACAUAUAGCUAUAUAGUUUGGUGCAACGGUUAUGUCUAAAAAAAACACCGUGUUUCUUGUUAAUAACGUCUCGACAAAAAAAAUAAUUUUUGAGCGUUGUUUGACGUAAAGUCUUUCAAUCUAAGAGUCAUAACACGAUAUUGAAGUCAAAUAAAUUGUUUUAAUUGUUUCCAACAACUCUUUUGCGUAUUAGAGUACGUCAUACUUCUAGGACUAUAACUUGAAAAUGAUAAACUAUAGGCUUAACAACAUAACAAUUUGAUUACUGAUUGCUUAAUUGUAGUAUAGUACGGGUAUAAAUGUUGAUAUAAAACUGCAUACGUGUAAUUUUCUUUGUAAAUCUGUAUAUGUUAAAUGCAAAAUCGGAAAGAAUUUAAAGAAGUAAUUUGGGAAAAGGGUUAAAAAAAGAAGAAGUGUGAAUUGUGACUCGUGUGAAUGCAAUCGCACUAAAAUCAAGUUGUGCGUGCAUGACCGAACGCGUAUAAUUUUGAUGCGAUUCUAAAGCGCGUCGAGAAAAAAAGGCAUUAAAGUCUUUAUGACGCAACUCUCCUUUAUUUCACGAGCCGAAUUUUCCAAAAACAUGAAAUAAAUGGAAUUAUUAUUCUUUUAAUUAAGGAAUACAUGUAUCAAGAAUAUUUAUAACUUCGUUUUUUUUUAAUUCUUACUGUGAUUCACGUAUUUAUAUUAAAUCAAAUUUUGCACCCGCAGUCAAUCGAAAGUAAAGUAUUGUUGUGUUGUUAUUGUGACGUCAUAAACGCGCGGAUCGCUACAUUAGUAACUUUUUGUUUUGCUGUCAACGAA